AUGACCACAAAUGAAACAGUAUUCUUCAUUCGUGGUGGUUACAUCCUACUUGUCGACCUAGAGUCAUGGUACAAUAAUGGAUUUGUUACAUCUGAAGAUGAGUUCGAAUGUUUGAUGGGAAGAAAAAACGAGUUUGUACGAUUAAAGACCUCAUCAAGAAUUAUGGAUGUCGAUUUCCAUUCCGUCGAGGCAACGACUCGCUUGUUGUUAAUGAUUUUGGUUAUGGAAUCAGUGGGACUUAUGGACCUUAUUGAUUAUCCCCUUCUUAAUGUGGAAAACGAAGAGGAUAUGAUUACAGUAAACAAGGUUCUGAAAGAGUUUCAUAAGCUGAGACAAACAUGGGUGCUCCGAAAUUGGAAUUCGGACUAUGCUGAAUAUUUUGAGUAUCUGGACAGAGGAUACAAAGGGAAUGGUUUCAAGAGAACACAGCCAAUCUGCCGAAUUUGUAAAGAGACACCAAAACACCUGAUGGAACAUUUAUUCGGCUCCUUUCAUACUUUGUAUAUGAAGAACUAUAGUGUCUCACUGCGUUCCUUUGAAUUCUGGUGCCGAAAACUUCAAGAAUGUCUUGAAAAGUGUGGAAAGAUACCUGGAGUUGAUAUUCGCAAUUAUGAACAGGGCACUCAAGAAGUUGAUGAGAUUCUAACAAAUAAAAAAGAGCAGAAGAAGGAGAAGAUGCUUGAAGAAAACGAAAUAGUUUUACCGUCAUACUCUCGGAGCCAAGUUCUGGCCGAACGAUCGUUGAAUCGAAAGUUUGAGCUGAAUUUGUCGGAAGACAUUUUGAAAGAAUUAGGACGUACGCAUCUUAUUGAUUAUCCCCUUCUUAAUGUGGACAAUGAACCAGAAGAGGAUAGGAUUACAGGAAGAAAGGUCCUGAAAAAGUUCAAUAAGCUGAGACAAGCUUGGGUGAUCCAAAAUUGGAAUUCAAAAUAUGCUGAAUAUUUUGAGUAUCUGGACAAAGGGUACAAAGGAAAGCCAAUCUGCCGCGUCUGUAAGAAGCAACCAAAGAACAUGAUGAAGCAUUUGUUGCUCAUCCCUCAUGCUGUAUCUUUAUCGCGAUAUAGUGUCUCUCGGCGUUCAUUUGAAUUUUGGUCCCAAAAACUGCAAGAAUGUCUUGAAAAGUGCGGGAAGAUACCUGGAGUUCAUAUAUUCAGUUAUGAACAAAUAGUUUUACAAGACGUUAAGGAUCAAAAAGAGCAGAAGAAAGAGAUGCUUCAAGAAAACGAAAUAGUUUUACCGUCAUACUCUCGGAGCCAAGUUCUGGCCGAACGAUCGUUGAAUCGAAAGUUUGAGCUGAAUUUGUCGGAAGACAUUUUGAAAGAAUUAGGACGUACGCCCCUUAUUGAUUAUCCCCUUCUUAAUGUGGACAAUGAACGCAAAGAAGAUAGAAUUACAGAAAAUAGCAAGUUGGAAUUGUCGAUAAAUGAUCAAUUGACGGAAACGUUUAACGACGAAAAGAUCGAGAUAGAAGAAAUUGCAACAAUCUCGCCUUCAUAUUCUCGAAGCCAACUCCUGGCCCUACGAUCGCUGAAAACAACAGUUAAUUUGAAUUUGUCCGAAGAAAUAUUGAAAGACUUGGGACCUAUGGACCUUAUUGACUAUCCCCUUCUUAAUGUGGACAAUGAACCAGAAGAGGAUAGGAUUACAGGAGACUCAAUCUUAAAGGAAUUUGAUAAGCUGAAACAAUCUUGUGUGAUAAAACAUUGGAAUGUAUUUUAUGCCCUUCAUUUUGAGUUUCUUGCCAGAGGAUACAAAGGAGAUGGUUUGAAAAUGACACAGCCAAUCUGCCGCAUCUGCAACAUGACACCAGAGUUCGCUCUGGAACAUUUAUUCAGCUACAAACAUAAAGAAAAGCUGAAGUCCCAUAGCGUCUCGUUGCGUUCAUUUGAGUUUUGGUCCCAAAAGUUCAGAGAAUGCAUUAAAAGAACUUUUAAGGUUGCUUCUGUUUCUGUAACCGUAGCCCAACCCUUACAGUGGGACAAGUUCUGA